AUGACUUCAACCCCAGAGAUGACUUCAACCCCAGAGAUGACUUCAACCCCAGAGAUGACUUCAACCCCAGAGAUGACUUCAACCCCAGAGAUGACUUCAACCCCAGAGAUGACUUCAACCCCAGAGAUGACUUCAACCCCAGAGAUGACUUCAACCCCAGAGAUGACUUCAAACCCCAGAGAUGACUUCAACCCCAGAGAUGACUUCAACACCCCCAGAGAUGACUUCAACCCCAGAGAUGACUUCAACCCCAGAGAUGACUUCAACCCCAGAGAUGACUUCAACACCCCAGAGAUGACUUCAACCCCAGAGAUGACUUCAACCCCAGAGAUGACUUCAACCCCAGAGAUGACUUCAACACCCCAGAGAUGA